AUGCUUGGGUUCAAGGUUAGUGAGGAAGAGAUUCGAGAGUUGAAUGAUCAAGUUCGAAUAGGUUUCCUAAGUCAGUCAGCGCUGGUCGAGAUCGAAGCACCAGUCGUUAUAUGUGGUGACAUUCAUGGACAGUACUCUGACUUAUUGCGUAUCUUCGAUAAGAACGGCUUUCCACCGGAUGCGAACUAUCUUUUCCUGGGCGAUUAUGUUGAUCGCGGUCUUCAAAGUAUCGAAACUGCUUGCUUGAUGUUCUCGUAUCGAGCCAAAUAUCCUGAAAACUUUUUUAUGUUAAGAGUAAUAUUCCAGGAUACGUUCAACUGCAUGCCAUUCGGUAGUUUAGUGGCCGGAAAGAUAUUGUGUAUGCAUGGCGGAUUGUCUCCAAGUCUUUUUUCUUUGGAUAAAAUUCGAACCAUCCCUCGACCACAAGACCCACAAAUUGGUUCAAUGGAAAUUGAUAUUUUAUGGUCAGAUCCAGAUGAGUAUACAAGAGGAUGGAGACCAAGCAAUCGAGGGAUAUCGUACAUGUUCGGUGACGAUAUUGUCUAUGAGAUGUGUCAAAAACUAUCUAUUGANGCAAUCGAGGGAUAUCGUACAUCUUUAAAACCCAUAUUUUGGUACGUGGAUGAAUUUCAGGUUGUUCAAGAUGGGUAUGAAUUCUUUGCUGGGCGUCAUUUGGUUACGAUAUUUUCAGCACCGCAUUACUGUGGCCAAUUCGAUAACGCUGCAGCAACGAUGAACGUUUCUGAGGACUUGAGUUGUUCAUUCCAGGUAUUCAGACCAACGCCAAAAGUGGUUCGUUUGGCGUUACAAAACGGUGCUCAAAACCCACCCGCAGCCAAUGCUGGUGUUCUGUAA